CAUCACUGGUGCCGGCAAGCCUGCGGUAGCACACACCUUCGCCGAUCCGGGGAAUAUUCCACCUCGAUGUUACUCAACAUUUGGUGCCGGCUACCAGCACUAAGGUCCUGCGUAAACGCGAAUCUUAUCUGCCAAAUCAGUUUAACGGUACCUCCUAAGCAACCGCACUUCCGACAGUUUUUAGCAGCUAAAGCAUUUUCGCACCUCACCAAGAUGGUUAAGCAAGGACCACGGCCGCUUGUGAUCUGUGGCCCAUCGGGUUCCGGCAAGAGCACCCUACUGAAGAAGCUGUUCAAAGAGUUUCCCGAUACUUUCGGGUUUAGUGUCUCACACACCACACGCAAACCGCGGCCCGGAGAGGAAAAUGGCAUCCACUACCACUUUGUGUCGGUCGAAGAGAUGCAAGGCGCCAUCGAAAAUGGUGAAUUCAUCGAGACGGCCGUUUUCAGUGGCAACAUGUACGGUACCAGCAAAAAGGCAGUUGAAAACGUGCAACAUCAGGGGAAGGUAUGCGUCCUGGACAUUGAGAUCGAAGGCGUGAAACAGAUUCGCAACUCGGACCGGCUCAAUCCACUGCUAGUGUUCGUGAAUCCGCCAUCGGUCGAUGAACUGGAACGUCGGCUCCGCGGACGCAAGACGGAGACAGAGGAAAGCCUUCAGAAGCGCCUCAACACGGCUCGCAUUGAGAUUGAAUAUGGAACAACAUCCGGAAACUUUCAUGUGGUCAUCCAGAAUAACAAUCUGAAACAGGCGUAUGAUGAUUUGCGCGACUUUAUCGUCCGCGAGCUUGAAACUCAACAGAACCAAGGUAUUAAUGUUAGUUUGAAGCGUGUGUAUGAUGAGUGAAAAGAUUUAAUGCGCCCCGCUGACCCAACUCUACUGAUGCUGACGAAUCCCAUUCCCAUCCUUCGUAACCGAAGAAAUGAUGCCUGUUUUGUUUGUGUGUAAUCUGUCAUUCCCCGACACAGUUCUACCGAAUGCAGUAGAACGAAUCGUAGAAACAAGAUAAAGUCACUAAUAGUAUCGUAGCGGCCAAACACGAGAGGAAGCGACCAUAGGGGGAAAGAACCAUUUACUGAUACCCGCAUCCUUAGGGCCGAAUGUAACACACGUUUUCUCUUUGACUGUUAUUCUCUAACGAUGAAUCUAUCCACUGCGCCUUUGCAAUCAACAACAAACUGCAAACACUGCAUUUUGAAGAUGACACCCAUUUCGAGAAUGGUGCAAUUCGAAACCCACCUGAAAAUGGGAGUACAAUGUUUUCACACUAAUCAUCGGAUACGGCUUGUAAAAGAAUUAAGGUUUUUUUGAUAAGAGUUUACCAUGCUUUACGUUCCAUACUCGAUGCAUUCUACCUUACUCCGGGUAAGUUUUGGUACACUUUUUUACAAUCGGAGCAAAGGAUCGUUAUUUUUAUAUCUCAGUCUUAAUUACACCAACAAAACUGCGUAGAAUAAUGCUGCGCUUCAAAUGUUACCGACCUGCCAGGGUGCGGAUGGAGCGUGUUUUGUAUUGUGGAAAAGAAACCCGUUUGCCAACGAUAGAGAGUAUGAAGCUUUGUGUUUAAGAAACAAUGAGGACAAUAUUCGAUACAUUCCAGUGUUACGGGCCGGUUCGUUCUUUCGCCCGUUCGUUCAAACCCGGUCGAAAAGAUCACUUAAAUGUGUGAAACAAAUAUUUUUCCAAAAAUCUGACUACAUCGAUUAAGCGUAAGGAACAAUGGCGAGCGCAACAAACGUUCAACCAUAUUAAUUGAAUCAUAUCUUAAAACUUCAUUAAAUUCUCGUCAAAUUAAAAGCGAUUGGAGCUAUAUUCCAACAAGAUCGACGAUAAAACCCAUUAACCCACUUCGUUCGUUGACGGUUUGACGGUUCAAUGCCAAGCAAACACGCGAAUGAUAAUCGAUAUGCUAACGUGCGAUUGAGUAUUGAGUUUGUAUUUUAACUAAAUUAUCCCGUCCCGUGUGUUUGCAUGAUUUAACCGAAGGAUUGAUUGCUUGCUUGUUGCCCUGUUGUCGAAGAAAGUGAAUUGUACUAAUGAUGCGUUUGCAUAAACGGUUCAUUUAUGGAAUUGGCUAAUGGCGUGCUGCUAAUUGUCGUUUGUUUUGGCCUCGGACGUGCCCCUCUACUUAGCAUCCCCCCGGGAGAGAUGAUAUUAAUUAGACCGUUAUUUUGUUUUGCUCCAUUUAGAUGUCUUUUUUGUAACCUCUUUGGUGAGCAGUUACAAAACGUUCGAAGUUUAGAUUCGAAGCAUCACGUGGACGAGUCAACAAGGGGUUGGCUUCCGGGCGUGUUUCGCCUGCAAUUGACAUUUCCUGUGGCGGGGUUUUCCCCGUCAGCAUCACACCGUUCUCAGCCACCAUUUCCGGGGCGAAAGAGUGCGUUUCGAUCGCGACAGUGUUCAGAGGACGUUUAGAGCCUCUAACUGCUGCUUUCGGAACUGGCAUGCGUUAGUUCACCAGCAAGGUGCAAGGAGCAAGAAUGAAUUCCAGAACCCAAAAGUCGCUCACACCGCACAUCCGCCUUCUGCCUUGCCUAGUGCGCUCCCAACAAGUCUGCCAAUACCCACAGCAUCUUGGAAAGGAUAGGACGAUACUGGCCACGGGCUCGAUCUCUUAUCCUUCAUCAACGCUGUGCAAUGCUUUUUAAUUCGUUUUCGUUGCUGUAUUAUGUGUAAUUGUGCAACUUCCGCCUUCUUUCCUAGUAAGCAAAAGCAAUUUAUUUAGGGCAAUAAAAUCUUUGUUAGGUUUAGAGUAGAAUUGCCACUGAACGCUGCACGGCCAAAACAUUGGAUGCGAAUAUUAAACGGAUGGAAAACAAGCGAGGAUUUACACUGUUAGGACCUGAAGAGAUUACACACACACACCAGAUUUGAACAGAUUUAUGAAGGUGAGCAAGGAAAAAGAUAAGGUUAUUAAUGUUCGCAGAUUUUUGGUGUUUAUGGUAGUUGUUAGUUGAGAAAAACAAACUCUAUUAACUAUUAACACAAAAUAAAAUCACCAUGAAACUACAGUAGUAUACCGCAAAUAAGAAAGUGCCCUAGUAUGUGUUUUCAUUUUCUUACGUUAGUAUCGAAUAAACA